AAUUCAGGUUUUGCAGAUUUAGCAUAACUUUUUAAUUAGUUUUCUUUAUCUGAGAGGGUUUAUUGCUGAAAACUGAACUACACAGUAAAAUUAAAACACUGAGAUCAGCAGAAUAGCGUGGGAUUGAUGACUAACCUUUGGGAGCCAAUUCAUUGAAUAAAGAAAGGGACAGAUGUUACUUUAAUCUUUUAUUUCUUUAUUUUUCCCUCUUGGAUCUUCACAGAAUGCUUUCAUUUAAAAUCCACAUCUUGGAAGUUUCUCAAUGGCAUUUUUGGAGGGCUGGGAAGGCCAGAACUAUGAUAGCAGUUGGACUUGGUGUUGCAACUGUUGCAUUUGCAGGUCGUUACGCUUUCCACCUUUGGAAACCAUUGGAGCAGGCAAUUACAGAAACAGCAAAGAGGAUCACGACUUCUAGUUUUUCAUCAUACUAUAAAGGAGGAUUUGAGCAGAAAAUGAGUAGGCGAGAAGCUAGUCUCAUUUUAGGUGUAAGUCCAUCUGCUGGCAAAGACAAAAUCCGAACAGCCCAUAGAAAAAUCAUGAUUUUGAAUCACCCUGAUAAAGGUGGAUCGCCUUACUUAGCAACAAAAAUAAAUGAAGCAAAAGACUUGUUGGAAUCCAGUGCCAAAAACUGAAAUCUGAAGGCUUGGGUCAUAGGAGAUUCAGCAGAUACAUUGCACAAUGCCUUUCAUGUCUACUUGCUCUGCACAGUUUCUUAUUCAUAUUUAUUGUCAUAAUUAAAAUUUUAGGUUGAUCUAAAGCGAACUGAUUUAUUUUACAGUUAUAUAAAGUUAUGUACAGCUAUGCUCCUGCAAGGAGGAUAGAGUUGGACUUGAUGAUCCUUAUGGGUUCCUCCCAACUCAAGAUGUAUUAUGAUUGUGUCUCAAUUUUAGUGUAUUUUUACUGAAUUAUGAUCCCUUAAAACUUUGAAAAAGUUCUCUUACUGUCUGUAGGGUUUUUUUGCAGUAGUUACUUCUUUCUUUAAAUUUUGGAUCUUACAAAAUGAAAUUUAAAAAUUAGUCUUAAAUAUAGGGCUCUUAAUUAAUAAGGGAAUAACCCUAUAUCUAGGGUUGCCGGAGAAAAUGUGUGACAGUGUGUUGAUUCACAGGAAAUAUGGCAGACCCCGUACAAGUUUAUUACAGCACCACCUUACCCUUGAGUCUGUUCAUUUGUGAAGUAGUAGGGUUUGUUCAUGAGUGUGGUUUGAGAGCUGCAAUUCUGGACAAAAGACUAAUGGGACUACAGGCUGCAGUUUUCAUUAACUGUAUAUAUGGGACUUGGAGCUAUGAAGGAGAAGAUUCUUGAUUUUGGUUAAUUCUUUUGCAUACUAAAGGAUCUCUGAAAUUGUCAAAUAGUUAUCUAGACAUGCUUCAAGUCACAGAGUAUGUUUACUCUGUAGCAGUUGGGAUAGUGCAGGGGUUUUCAUGGCAGCGGAACUGAAGAAGGUAGGUCCACGUGCCGUGGAGGUGAGAUGGAUUUUAUUGGCUGGAGUUGUCUAGGUCCUACACCAGUCAUGUGAGCCUGGUGUAGGACUGACUCAGCAGGGAACCUACCAGUAGAUUGUCUGCACGUGAAUUAACUCUCCUAAGAGGAUGAUGAUGAGAUGAGACAGUGUAGUGGAUUCAGUGCAAGACUGAAAAACUUCCUGCUGUCCAUUCAGACUCUGUCGUUUGAGGUACAACAAACAACUUGAAAUGCUACAAAUAUAAAAUUUAGACAUCCCAUUUUCUAGGUUAUUUAACCAGAGGUAAGUGGCUAAGAGCAGUUAAUAUGAGGUUAGAUGCUUUAAUUAUUUAUCCACCGGAACAUGCAUUUGUAGUUUAUCCAGUGGUGGAUGUCCAGAUUAUAUGAAUUUUUCCUUGAAAGGAAGAAAGAAUAUGAAUUAUUUUUUACCAGGUUCCUCACAUUUUGUCACAAUUCCCUUACUUUCAUUAAAUGGAGAUGAAAAAAUUUUUAGUAGACCCUAGAAGGAAAUACUAAUUUUAGGUAGUUUAGAGACUUAUUGCAAUUAGAGUGGCAAGACACAUGACACAAUUUGACUGGAUAAAGCAAAAAAGACUAUUGGGAAAAACCUGACUGGGAAUAGCAUGCACCGUAUAAGUGCUACACUUGCAUCAUUUAACUGAUGCUCUAAUACAAGAAACUUUAAAGAAAAUAGUUUAUUCCUAUGCAGUAACUUUAAUUGGUUCUUGUUAAAGGAGUGACCAUCAGUUAAAGCACAUUGAAGGUUAGUCACUGGUGUAUCAGUCUGUACUGGCAAAAAAUAAAAUCAUGACAGUUUUCAUUUUGGGAGGAGAGAAGUGAGAUGGUGGGGGUCCUAAUUUUCUGAAGUGGAAUGUGUACGUGAUAUGAGUCAUUCUGCAAAAGCAAAAUUGAUGUGACUGGUAGGUAGCAAAAUCAUUCUGUCUGAUGAUUUUGAACUGACUAGCUGUUUUCAUAUGAUUGUCUUUUUUUUUCUGAGUAAAAUGAGAUACUAUUCUAAAGUAUCAGUUGAAACAAAUGCAUUACAGAUGGCUACUUGUUCUAUUCUUUAAAAUGAACUUCUCAUGUCUUUGUAAGAAGUAAAGGGUUUGGGUUUUCUCAUGAGAUUCUGUUGUUAAUAGCUUCCUUUCUGAUGUAAUUAUUUGUAUGUGAUUAUUUUGGAUGAAACACUUUUUUUCUGACUUUCAGUUAUGAGGGAGAUUUUCCUUCUUGACAAAAAGAAAUAAAACCGAGUUGUAGUUCUACUUUCUCCGUUAUUUUCAGAGCAGACUACUGACCAAUUAACAAAUUUCAUAUAUUAACAAAUUAAAAAAAUUUAACAAAUUAACUGACCAGUCCUGUCUCUGGAAAAUGCUGUGAAAUGAAUGAAGCUAAUGAGUAGCAGUUGUGAAAGCAUCCCUGUUUUAUGUCCGGUGUCAUAACAUCACAUAUACAAUAGCAUAUUUUUUCCUAUCUGUUUACUCACAAAACUUGCUUUACCUGCUAAAUGAUGUUUGGAAGGAUGAAUAAAGGACAGGGAAAGGCCAA